CAUCGUUAAUUUCUGGGUCCCUACGUAAUUUUCUCCUCAUUUUGGAGAAAUGCCCAAUCAGAGUUGUCAGAAUAUGGACUUUUUUUCCCGCUCCUUUUCUCCUGUCUUUUCUGAGCAUACUUCCUUGUACAUACCUUAAUCUUCUUCAAUUCCCUUUCCCUAUUGGUUCAUUAUAUUUUUUUAUGGUCAGGCGUCAGUGACUGACUGAGGCUUUUUACACAUCAGUUAGUUUUGAUCAGCAUUCUUUCGACGGACUUUUGUUAACCUCAGAAGAAAUCAUUUCGUGGGUGCAAAAUUUCUCCCGAUGGAAGCAAUUAUUUCUGCCAACCCCUCAUCAUCCGAUCUGGUGGCAACCUUCGAUGUCAGCGAACACCUAGUUCCUGUCAGGGAGCUAAAAUCGGCUGGAGAUACAUUGGUUUCAUUUGAUGGUCUCCUAGAAGAGCCUCUGAUCCUCAAAGAAGACCUUAAAGAGGGUUGCGGUGGUCAAUUAUGGCCAGCGGGGAUUGUCCUGGCCAAGUACUUGCUGCGGCAACACCGCAAUAAUCUCUCCAACAAGACGAUAGUUGAACUAGGAGCUGGCGGGGGCCUUGUGGGCCUCGCGGUUGCACGAGGGUGUAAUGUUGGUCCUUGUCCCAUCUACGUCACAGACCAAGAGCCAAUGUUACACUUGAUGAAAACGAACAUUGAGCUGAACAAUCUCUCAACUGCAGUGGCGGCUACAGUGUUAAAUUGGGGAGAGCGUCUCCCAGACUGUAUACCGACACAUCCUGCGAUCGUACUCGCUGCGGACUGCGUCUAUUUCGAGCCGGCAUUCCCCCUUCUCAUUUCAACCUUGCAAGAUCUGCUGGGGCCCGAAUCUGUUUGCUACUUCUGUUUCAAGAGGCGUAGGCGAGCAGAUCUCCGUUUCAUGAAAGCAGCUAAGAGGGUCUUUGAUGUCAAGGAGGUUCGUGACGACCCUGAAGCGGAUACAUACAGAAGGGAGAAUAUCUUUCUCUAUUCAAUCCGGGUGAAAUCUAGACCAGAGAACGGUAGUCUUAGAGCAAUAGAAGAAUGAGCAAACGCCAAAGAGGCAACCUAGAUUAGCAUAUAUUGAUAUGCAGCUACAAGACGACCGAAAUGCGCUAAUCUACCAG